AUGACUCGGGGUGACGAAACCCUUCUCGCCCUAGCGGGCAUCCUGCAGGGUCUGGCAAAGGAUGUCCCUGACUCUGCAUCGCUGCCCUUCAACGGAUACAAGUCCAACAACAGUACCAACUGCGAUGUUGCGAAAUUAAAACUACCUGGUGAAGACAGCGAUGGAAAGGCAGUUUUGGAACGGGAGUUGGAGGAUCUGAUCCGCAGGAUCGGUACUAUGCAAUCUUUUGUGCCUCCAUCUCGACGAUCUACCCGCGUAGCGAACUAUUCCAGUGGACAAGACACUAACUCCCACGGGUCUCCCAAACACCUCCCUGAAUCCGAUGUGAACUAUGAAGAUGAUAUACAUUUCCUACAGAACCGGGUUCAGCUUCAAGCACAAGAAAUACAACUACAAAAAGACGUGAUCUCCAGCGUUCGUGAGGAACUCAAACAACAGGAAGAAAAUACGGAGAGAGCCUUGGGAAAGGUGAAAAAGGAGGAUGUCGGCAUACUCGAGCGGGAACUACGCAAACACCAGCAAGCUAACGAGGCUUUCCAAAAGGCCUUGCGAGAAAUUGGUGGGAUCAUUACGCAAGUUGCAAAUGGAGACUUGUCCAUGAAAGUUCAGAUCCAUCCCUUGGAAAUGGACCCGGAAAUUACGACCUUUAAACGCACUAUCAAUACCAUGAUGGACCAGCUCCAGGUUUUCGGAAGUGAAGUGUCAAGAGUGGCUCGGGAAGUCGGAACCGAAGGUAUCCUUGGUGGACAAGCUCAGAUCACAGGAGUGCAUGGUAUCUGGAAAGAGCUUACGGAAAAUGUAAAUAUCAUGGCCAAAAAUCUUACGGAUCAAGUCCGAGAAAUCGCAACUGUCACAACAGCUGUUGCCCACGGCGAUCUCAGCCAAAAGAUCGAAAGCAGAGCUAAAGGUGAAAUUUUGGAACUUCAGCAAACGAUCAACACCAUGGUGGAUCAACUUCGUACAUUCGCUACUGAAGUUACGCGAGUGGCCAGAGACGUGGGCACCGAAGGUGUGCUAGGUGGUCAAGCUCAGAUUGCGGGAGUCCAAGGAAUGUGGAAUGAGCUUACUGUUAAUGUCAACGCCAUGGCUGAAAAUCUCACCACCCAAGUCCGUGAUAUUGCAAUGGUAACGACAGCAGUCGCCAAGGGUGAUCUUACACAAAAAGUCCAAGCCAAUUGCAAGGGUGAAAUUCUUGCUUUGAAAACCAUCAUCAAUUCCAUGGUUGACCAACUGAAGCAAUUCGCGCAAGAGGUCACCAAAAUCGCCAAGGAGGUCGGAACAGAUGGUGUGCUCGGUGGCCAGGCAACUGUCCAUGAUGUGGAAGGUACAUGGAAGGAUCUCACUGAAAACGUUAACGGCAUGGCCAUGAACCUUACUACCCAGGUCCGCGAGAUUGCUGAUGUUACCACUGCCGUCGCCAAGGGCGAUUUGACGAAGAAAGUCACGGCAGAUGUGAAAGGGGAAAUAUUGGAUUUGAAGAACACUAUUAACGGAAUGGUGGAUAGACUGAACACUUUCGCGUUUGAGGUCAGUAAAGUGGCGCGAGAAGUCGGCACAGAUGGCACGCUGGGCGGCCAGGCAAAGGUUGAUAAUGUGGAGGGUAAAUGGAAGGAUUUGACCGAUAACGUCAACACCAUGGCUCAAAAUUUGACUUCUCAGGUACGAGGGAUAUCUGAAGUCACUCAAGCUAUUGCCAAGGGCGAACUUGCGAAGAAGAUCGAAGUUCAUGCUCAAGGUGAAAUACUCACUUUGAAAGUGACUAUCAAUAACAUGGUGGACCGCCUUGCCAACUUUGCGCACGAGCUUAAACGGGUGGCACGCGAUGUGGGAGUCGAUGGAAAGAUGGGUGGACAAGCUAAUGUUGAAGGAAUUGCUGGCAGAUGGAAAGAAAUCACUGAGGAUGUAAACACCAUGGCUGAAAAUUUGACAUCCCAAGUGCGCGCUUUCGGAGAGAUCACUGAUGCUGCCACUGAUGGUGAUUUCACCAAACUAAUUACCGUGAAUGCUUCUGGUGAGAUGGACGAGCUUAAACGGAAAAUCAAUAAGAUGGUUUCCAAUCUUCGAGAUAGUAUUCAGCGAAAUACAGCCGCUAGAGAAGCAGCCGAACUUGCCAACCGUACCAAGUCUGAGUUCCUCGCAAACAUGAGUCACGAAAUCCGAACCCCGAUGAAUGGCAUCAUAGGCAUGACGCAGCUUACACUAGAUACUGACGACCUUAAGCCAUAUCCACGAGAGAUGUUGAAUGUGGUGCACAGCUUAGCCAACAGCUUAUUAACGAUAAUUGACGACAUACUCGAUAUCUCGAAAAUUGAAGCGAACCGCAUGGUUAUUGAAAAGAUUCCAUUUAGCAUGAGAGGCACCGUAUUCAAUGCGCUUAAAACGUUAGCUGUGAAGGCAAACGAGAAAUUCCUGAGCCUUGCAUACCAAGUGGAUAGUUCGGUUCCCGACUUUGUCACUGGUGAUCCCUUCAGAUUACGGCAAAUCAUCCUCAACUUGGUUGGGAACGCUAUCAAAUUCACGGAACAUGGGGAGGUCAAACUUACCAUUAGCAAAUCGGAUCGAGAGGAAUGCAAAGAUAAUGAAUACGCGUUCGAAUUCUCUGUUUCGGAUACUGGAAUCGGAAUUGAGGAAGACAAGUUAGAUCUGAUUUUCGACACCUUCCAACAAGCUGACGGCUCGACGACCAGGAAGUUUGGGGGAACUGGACUAGGACUCUCCAUCUCUAAGCGAUUAGUAAACCUCAUGGGCGGUGAUGUUUGGGUAACGUCUGAGUAUGGGCUCGGAAGUAGUUUCCACUUCACCUGCGUUGUGGAACUGGCGGAUCAGUCUAUCCGUAUGAUUAACGCAGCCCUCUUACCCUACAAAAACCAUCGUGUUCUGUUUAUCGACAAAGGCCAGACCGGCGGUCACGCAGAGGAAAUUACUGAAAUGCUCAAGCAACUUGAUCUGGAGCCCCUUGUCGUCAAGGAUGAAUCACAGGUACCACCACCAGAGAUUCAAGAUCCCACGGGGAAGGAUUCCGGACAUGCAUACGACGUUAUAAUCGUCGACUCCGUCGACACGGCGCAAAGCCUCCGCACUUAUGACGAGUUUAAAUACAUACCUAUCGUCCUAUUAUGUCCCGUCGUCUCCGUUAGUUUGAAGUCAGCGUUGGAUCUGGGUAUCACUUCAUACAUGACCACACCUUGUCAGCCUAUCGAUUUAGGCAACGGAAUGUUACCUGCUCUCGAGGGUCGUUCCACACCGAUAACUACCGAUCACACAAGAUCAUUCGACAUUCUGUUGGCUGAGGACAAUGAUGUGAACCAGAGGGUUGCUGUCAAGAUACUAGAGAAAUGCAACCAUGGUGUGACUGUUGUCAGCAAUGGCCUCCAAGCAGUGGAAGCGGUCAAGAAACGCCGAUAUGAUGUCAUUUUGAUGGACGUCCAAAUGCCUGUUAUGGGCGGAUUCGAAGCAACGGGCAAAAUCCGAGAAUAUGAAAAAAGUAACGGAUUAUCCCGGACCCCCAUUAUUGCCCUAACCGCGCACGCAAUGCUUGGUGACAGGGAGAAAUGCAUUCAGGCCCAGAUGGAUGAGUACCUGGCUAAGCCUCUAAAACAGAACCAGAUGAUGCAAACAAUCUUAAAAUGCGCGACCCUUGGUGGUUCUCUCUUGGAGAAGAGCAAGGAACCAAGAAUGUCGAGCAGCGGCGAGCCUCAUCACCAUGUCUCCAGCAGCAAGGGACUGAAAUCAUCAGACACAAAGCAUCAACGACCAGGGAUGGACGGUCGAGCUCUAACGGCUGCUGGUGGUCACAAGUCGAAUCAAAAAUCUGACGUAGUGAGUAGUCGUCGCACUUGUAUGACCGGUUCAUGGACUAAGAAUUAG